AUGAUUCGAGUAAUAAGUCAUAAUUUUAUCAAAAAGCGGUUAGAAAUGGAGUUGGUUCCUGGUGAUGUCUUCAUCGUUCCUGCUCAUGGUGGUCUACUGCAGUGCGACGCAGUGCUAAUGAACGGGACAGCAAUUGUGAAUGAGAGUAUGCUGACAGGAGAAUCUGUUCCGAUUACAAAGGUAGCGCUAACUGGAGUUCACGACGACGAAGAGGAUGAGUGCUUCUCUUUCGAAAAACACUCCAAGCAUAUACUUUAUUGUGGAACGCUCAUCCUGCAGACGAGAUAUUAUCAUGGAAAGCAAGUGAAGGCAAUCGUACUUCGAACGGCGUAUUCAACCUUGAAAGGGCAGCUUGUUAGAUCUAUUAUGUAUCCUAAACCGAUCGACUUCCGUUUCACAAAGGAUCUCUUCAAAGUGAGUGGUAAAACUGAUACAUUAAUUUCCAAAUACGCAAGAUUUCUUUUUCUUUUCUUCUCUUAAUA